AGCACCAAAUUAAGAUUUUGUUGAAAUAUCUGAUUAAUUUUGGAGGGACAAACCAAUAACAAAGAGGUUUUCCACAAAUAUUUUUGAACAAAUCUAUCAAUGUUUUAGAUUUUCUAUGUGUAAAAUUUAGAAAAUCUCCAAUGUACAUUUCUAUUUUUUCCUAAAAUAGAGAACUCUAGUUUGAUCCAAUGUAAGGGCUUAUAAUAGAGUUUAUUUCUAUUGUAAUAAAAAAUAUAAAGAAGUGCACUUUUAUUUUCUAUUUUUAGGAAUGAAAAUAGUAUUUAUCUAUAUUUUUUCCUAAAAAUAGAGUAAUUAUAUUAGAAAGUAUACAUUGGAACAAAUCCAUUUCUAUAAUAGAAUUUCUAUAAUAUAGAGAUCUGUUGGAAAUGAUCUCAAGAAUGAUAACCUUUUUCUUUUUUCAGUGGCUAUUUUAUUAAUUAAAAAUCUGUUUAUAAAUUUUAUUAGUUUAAUAUAAUAUUUUAUUUAUGUAAUAUAAUGAGGGGAGCUACACAAUUGAUGAUAAAAGUAAAAAAUAUAUACCAAAUUUAAUAAUAUUAAGAAGCCAAAAAAAGUUACAUAGACUAUGUAACUAAAAGUAAAAAUAUUACUCUUAUUUAAGAGAUCAUUACUUCACAACAUUAACUACAUCUUCUAAAUCAUCAGGUGUAAUGAUGUUUCUGCUACUUGCGAUUGUGGGAUUAAUAAGCUAUUAUGUAUAUAAGUCGAUAAAACCGCCACCACCAAUUCCACUACCGGAAAACGUUUCCAAGAAAUCUCUAAGAGUCGAGCUAAGUGAUGGCAGACAUAUAGCCUACAGAGAAUUAGGGUGUCCAAAGGACGAAGCCAAAAACAAAAUAAUAAUCAUCCAUGGAUAUGCAAAUUCCAAAGAAGUAGAUUUAUACACCACACAGGAAAUGAUUGACGAAUUCAAGAUAUAUUUUUUGUUCUUCGAUAGAGCUGGUCAUGGAGAAAGCGAUCCUAAUCCAUCAAGAACAUUGAAAACAGAUACAUACGAUAUCGAAGAACUUGCUGACAAAUUGCAACUUGGUCCAAAGUUCCAUGUUCUGGGCAUGUCACUUGGAGCUUACCCAGUUUAUGGUUGCCUCAAAUACAUUCCUCAUAGACUAAGUGGAGCUUCAUUGGUGGUUCCAUUAAUAAACUUUUGGUGGAGACGUAUUCCUCAAAACUUGUUGAAUGCAGCAAUCAAGAAAUUACCAUUUGCGUUUCAAAUGAUACUUCGAGUCGCACACUAUUGUCCAUGGUUGCUAUAUUGGUGGAUGACUCAGAAAUGGUUUCCAAAUGAUCGAGAUCCCAAGAAAAUUUGGACUGAACGUGAUAUAGAACUUUCGAAAAUAUAUUAUAAAAAAUCGUACAUGGACGCUGUUAAACGACAAGGUGAAUAUGUGAGCUGCUACCAAGACAUCAUCGCCGGUUAUGGAAAUUGGGAGUUUGAUCCAACCGAACUGAGCAACCCGUUCACGGAUACUAACAAAGGAUCAGUCCAUAUGUGGUGUGCACUCGAUGACAAACAAAUAUUGCGAGAAGUUCUAGUUUAUAUAUGCGAUAAACUUCCAUGGAUAAAGUUCCAUGAGGUCCCUCAUGUUGGACACUGGAUUAUCCAUGAGAAGCAUCAUUUCGAAGCCAUCAUCAAAGCCGCUUGUACUGAAUGAAAAAUGGACAAUGAAGAAAGGAAAAACUUUAUCAAAUUUUUAUGGGAUGCUUAAGUUUGAGAAUGUUUAUAUAAGUUUAAUAAAAAUAUUAUGUACAUGUCAAUAUUAAUAUAUAAAUCUGGUAUGCUAAUGUCAGAUGCAACUAUUUAUAUUAUUUCGAUGAACUUAAAUAUUUAUGCAUUAAAAUGCAUUUUUCUUUCAGUUAAGUAAGAUGUGCUAUAAAAAGAUGAUCUAAAAUUAA